CACGGCGGCACCAUGAAGUCGGGCGGCCUCCUCCUGCUGGCAGGGCUCCUGGUCCUCUGUGCCCAGCUCCAGCCUGCAUCUGGGAUGGCCCGUUGGGGGAAGCCCGGACGCUGCCCCCCAUUAUCACCAUUCGUCCCAGGCAAGUGCCUUCACGGAUGCAACACUGACUACGAUUGCCGUGGAGCACGGAAGUGCUGCAGCAACGGCUGUGGCAAUGAAUGCAUGCUGCCUUUAAAGGGAUCAGGUUUGCAUCUCAGCCCUAGCCUGGAGCCCGCACGCGACAGCACUGCCACCUCCCGCCUGUCGUGAUGCCGACCCCGAAGCCCGAGUGUCCAGGCUCUGCUGCGGGACAAGGAGACCUUCCACCAUCGGCU